AUGAACAAGCGAGCGCUUCACGAUGAGACGACUCACAGUCCAGCCAAACGUCUGCGAGUCGACACAGAGCGCGAGCUACGGCAAGCACGCUAUCUCCUCACGAGGGUCUUUGGCAAACAGGACUACCGGGGCAAGCAGGAGGAAGUGAUCACUGCCGCACUUCAAGGCCAUGACUGUCUCCUCAUUGCGCCUACAGGCAUGGGCAAGAGCCUUUGCUUCCAAGUCCCGGCGGUAGCUGCACCGCACGGCUUGACCAUCGUCGUAAGCCCAUUGAUUGCUCUCAUGGACGAUCAGUUGCAAGCACUCGACAAGCUGAACAUCGCCGCCGGCAGCCUGUCCAGCAAGACAGACCCAGAUCAAGCGCGGUUGAUCUUGCGUGACAUGCACAGCGGACACCCAAAGACGAGGCUGCUUUACGUCACUCCCGAGCGAAUAGCGUUGAUCAGUUUUCAGAGAGUGCUCAGGGUGCUUUACAAUCACGGCGAGCUCUCACGCUUGGUCAUCGACGAGGCGCACUGUAUAUCCCAAUGGGGCAAAGACUUUCGACCCGAUUACGCUCAGCUCGGUCUCUUCAGACAGCUUUUUCCCCGUGUACCCAUCAUGGCUCUCACAGCAAGCGCGACGCCCAAAGUGGCGGACGAUAUCAUCACCUCGCUCAACCUCCACGAAAACACAUUGAGACGGUUCGAGCAGUCGUUCAACCGAGCAGAGCUGUACUAUGAGGUCGCAUAUGUCAAUGCCGGUCCUGAACAGAAGCGUCAGCAGAUCCUCGAGUACAUCAAGAAGAUGACAAAGGCCAGGCGUGAUGAGCCACCGCCGAUCAUCUCAGGCAUCAUCUACUGCCGCGCCAAGCAAACCUGUGACGAUCUCGCUGCCUGGCUCGACGCCCAGGGUAUCGCUGCAAAGCCCUAUCAUAGAGACGUCACUGAGAAAGAGCUGACCACGACGCAGUACCAGUGGCUCAACAACGAACAGCUCGCUAGCGAGAGCAAAACGCGCGUCGACGUCGUCGUAGCGACUGUCAAGUUCGGAAUGGGCAUUGACAAGGCCUCAUGUCGCUAUGUGAUCCACUACGAUCUGCCGACCUCGUUCGAAGGGUAUUAUCAAGAGAGCGGUCGGGCGGGUCGGGAUGGCAAUAUCGCUCGCUGUUUGAUCUUCUACGAUCGUAUGGAUGCAGCUCGUUUGCAGCAUCUCAUCUCCGCCAGCAUGAAGGCUCGCAACGCUCAUGCUGCAAAAGUGGGCGUACCGUCAACACAGGGACUGGUGACAAGUAGCGACUCGGUCAUCAAUUAUUGCGAGAACGUCACGACAUGUCGGCAUGAAGUCAUUGCUCGAUACUUCGGCGAGACGAUAGACGAAGCGAAUGUCGCGCGACUGUGCCAUCAGAUGUGCGAUGUUUGCAAGUUCCCAGAACGAACGCGUACUCGCAAAAAGCUGCUAGAUGCGAGUCCGAGCGAAGACGAUGGUGCCAGUUCCGCAGCUCUCGUACCGAUGAUAGAUCCAGCUAGUGAUGCGUUCGACGCUGUCUGUGACGACUCUAGUGAUAUAGAUGACGUCUAUCCGGUCGAGCCGGUCGAUGGCGAAAAUGCUGAUCCUCACGAAUCGUUCCUCGACUCACUCGACGCAGAGACUCGGCUGCCUUCCUCUCCGCCUAUAGCGAAUGUGCCGGUGCCUGUGCCUGUGCAUGAGAUCGCAGAAGACGAAGAGCUCCCCGAGGCUCUGCCACUGAAGUCGCGGAAUAACAAUCUGCCAAGACCAAACAUGGUAGAGCCCCCUGCCAAAGAGGCGCCCGCUCGCAGACCAACGAAAAGCGGGACUGGCUUCAAGGUACCUUUCAGGAGUGAAGCCGAAGGCGCGAUGCAAGCUGCCAAGUUGGCCGUGACGCCGGACCAGCCCGAUGAUAUCUGGCCGUCUUUCAAGUGCAAGCUUGUGCCUUCGUCAGGCUGGGCGAAAGACAUCAGCAAAGAAACGCGUGCAAGCUCUUGCAAGAGUAUCUAUCUCGAGCUCAUCCGCGCGAUGUUGGCACGAGGCGGUUUGCGCAAAGUCGAAGAGGAAGAGCGAAUGUUUGAUGAGCUGGACGGCGGAUCAAUUGAUACACAACGGCUGACUUGCCUCAGUACUGUUUCGACGGAGAUCGAAAGCGAUUGCUUUUGGCGGUCGCUUGGCGAAGCUGGGUAUGUCGAGCAAGUAUCUCGCAUCAAAAUCGGAUUGCGUAUCAUGCGCACGAGAAAUGACUGGACAGAAGCUGUUUCGGCCAGCCAUCAAUUGGAGCAAGUCGAGGCAGUUCUCGUCAGUCUGAGGCGUGGCGCGCAGCUGUACGCUGCAAAGCGCGGCAAGGCAUAG